AACAAAGACGAUAAAUUAAAGAUAGCAAAUGUAAAAUAAUAUGAAAUUCCUUUUUAAAAGUUCCAAUAAACAAAUUUCGAAUCCCAUACAGCAGGCGUACGAAUAACAAGAAAACAAAAGAAAAAUUACUGAAAAAAUAACCUUCUUUAAAAAAAAUAAAAACAGAUUGAAAAGACACACAUGAAUAAACAAAGCAAAGUGCCGCUCAUGGACUUUUGAAACAGAAUAAAAAAAAACAACACGAAGGAAAAAGGAGAUAUUUGAGCUGCUGACAUUUCCAUCAUCUUUAAGGGAGGCGGACGCGGUAGUAGCGCAUCUGGCCAAGAUGACCGUAAGGGCGAAGUGCUCGUUACUUCUCCUUGGACUUUGGCUCUUAUGUGGAGUAAGGGCCGGCUCGCUACGUCAAACGAUGGCGGAUAUACAAGACGCGCUGCUCUCCCCCAGCAGCCAGCGCUACUCCGUCUACGUCCUCCCGCCGGCGACCCACCAGGACAGCCUGCAGAAGCGCCAGGCGGACUUCGAGGCCGACGACGCGAGGGAGGACUUCACGGCGCGCCCUGAGGGAAGGCGCGGCGCCCCCCGCCCCGACGCGCCCCCCGCCGGGUUCCUGGAGGUGUCCCAGGGUCCCGGCCUGUUCGGAGGCGCCGUGCGGGAGGGGGCGCCCUUCUUCAUCACGGACUUCGACCCCGAGCUGCAGCCGGGCUGGGGGCACGAGGAGGAGCUCGAGGACAAGAUGGACUCCUACGCCGUCGACCCCACGCCGGGCUCCUCCUCGCUCACCAUCAGCGGCGACGGGCUGAGGGAAGCCGAGGACUCGCCCAGGCAUUCGGACGCCGACAAGGAUGCGAAGGUCCUGAAGAAACUCCUGGAGAAGCCGAAGAAGUUGAUGAAGGUCAUAAAGGCGAAGGGCAAUGGGAAUUACGUGCCCGAGGAAGUGCCCGGGGUCAUGCUGCCCACUGAGGACGGCGAGGAAGCCUUCGUGCCCGAGAACCUCCUCGAGGACGCGGAGCUCCUGCUGACGGCGGGGUCCGCUCAGCAGCCCACUUACGCCGCGCCGGAGUCGACCGCGACGCCCGCCCCGAUGGGAGGAAUGCCCUAUGAGUUCGGCUGGGUUGUCGACGACGAAGCCACAGCCAACUUCCAAACGCGGCAGGAAAAGGGAGACAAAAAUGGCGUCGUGACUGGAUGUUACCAGGUCUUGGAUCCCAACGGACUCGUGAGGACCGUGACCUACAGAGCCGACAAGGGCGGUUUUCGAAUCCUCUCCCUGACCCGAGGACCCGACAAGACCCCGUGCCCUGGUCUUGAAGACGGCAACCGCAUUCAGAUCCCCACCUCCUCCAACCCCCGCCCACGCCCCUCCUACCCUGUCAGCGGCGCAGGAGGCUUCUCGAACAACUUUGCCAACAAUUUCAGUAAAUCCUCUUCCUCUUCGUCUAGCUUCCAAUCCUCUUCCUCGAGCAAUUACUCCAGCAGUUCCCAGGAGAGUUCGAACUUCAACGCGUUCAGUGCCAACAACCUCAAUGCCGCGUACGAGCAGCCUCCUGCUUCGACCUACGCCCCUCCCACCUCCCGCCCCACCUAUGCCCCCCCUCCUCCUCCUCCCUCCCCAACCGCAGCGCCCCCGGACUACUACAACCUGCAGGGAUCGGCCCAGCAGGCGUGGAUGGCGGAGUACCUGCAGAACAUCACCCAGCAGCUGUACAGCUCCUUCACCAACUCCUCCACCCAGACGAACAGCCUCUACGGCGCGGGCGGCGGCGGCGGCUUCGUCAACUUCCCCUUCGUGCUGAUCCCCAUCGCCACCUUCCUGGACCUCAAGAAGUCGGGCGCCAUCCCGGGCGACGUGCAGAGCUACGGCGCCUUCGUCCAGCCCUCCACCGGACAGCUGCAGUUGUCCCAGUACCUGCAGCAGCUGGAACAACAGCGCCAGCAGCAGGAACAGCAGCAACGUGCAUAUAACAAAACAGUUCAGCACACAACCACAAAUACCUACAACACCACGGAGACCAACACGAAGCAGCUGAAGCACCAGGUCCAGGGCGUUGACACCGUGAAUUACCAGAUCAGCGGUGAGCGAGGGCGCCCAGGCAGCCAGAGGGUACAGCAGCAAGUCCAGAGGCAGCAGCAGUCUUCCCAGUCGGAAAACAAGAGCCACAGCGCCAGCAGCAGCAGCGCCAGCUCUUUCCAAAGCAGCCUCGGCGCCAGCCAGGGAUACUUGCCCCCAACCAACCAACAGCCAGUCCAGCAGCAGUACCAGCAGCGCCAGCAGUCUUCACAGCAGUCCUCUCAGUCCUCGAAAUCGAGCAGCAGUUCCGAAAAGAGCAGCGCCAGCUCCUUCCACAGCAACCUCGGAGGCGGCCAGCGUCAGUACCAGAACUAUCAGCAGCAGUCCGCUCAGUCAGCAAAGUCCCACGAUAGUUCCAGCAGCAGCAGCUCCAGUUCCUUCCAGAGUAAUGUCGGGGGAGUCCGCGGGUAUUCGCCGCGCCAGCAGGCCGUGCAGCAGCGUGUCCAGCAGUCCGCUCAGAGCUCGAAGAAGAGCAGCAGCAGUAGCAGCAGCAGUUCCAGCUCGUCCUUCCAGAGCAACUUGGGGAGCCUCCAGGGUUACCUCCCUCCCUCAAACCCAGCCAAGCCCAGCACGGGCUACGGCGUCCCCGGGCCCUCCACCGCGAGGCCCUACCAACCCCGCCCAACCACGCCAGUUCCCUCGACGGCCAGACCGUACCAGCCGAGGCCAACUACCCAAAGACCUAUUACAGCCAGACCCUACAGACCUGCACCUACAACCCCAAGACCUUACCAGCCUGCUCCUACAACCCCUAGACCUUAUCAGCCUGCACCUACAACCCCUAGACCUUAUCAGCCUGCACCUACAACCCCUAGACCUUAUCAGCCUGCACCUACCCCUAGACCUUAUCAGCCUGCACCUACAACUCCUAGACCUUAUCAGCCUGCGCCUACAACCCCUAGACCCUAUCAGCCCACAACCGCAAGACCCGUCCCCUCCUCGCCACGUCCGAGCCAGAGCUACAACCUACCUUCCUUCGGCAACGGAGCCUCAGCUUCUUAUUCGUCCCAGAAAUCCCAGUCUUCGCAGCAAUCCCAGGCCUCCCAGUCUUCUCAGUCCUCCUCCAGCAGUUCCAACUACGGAAACGGCGCGGCCUCACACAGUUUCUUGUCCCAGUCAGCCUCCAGCAAGAAAUCGGAUUCAUCUAAGAAGUCUCAGUCGAGCUCCAACUUCUCCUACAACUCUGGAAACAACGGAGGCGCAGCGCAGCAAUCCGCUCACUCUUCGUCCUCUUCCUCCUCUUCCUCUUCUUCUUCUUCUUCUUCGUCUAAGCAAAGUAGCUUCAGUGGGUUUCACGGCGCAGGUGCUGCUGGCGGAAGUGGCUUGAGUUUCCCAGGCUUCGGCUCCUCUCCCUCUCCUCCAAGCUACGUCCCUCCUUCAGCCCCCGCCACCGUCGGGCCCCAGUACGGCACUCCUGUCCCGGACGUGCCAGACUACGACGAGCCGGAACCCUCCUACAUCGACGGCGUGGACUCCAGCGACUCCGGGUUCUCGGUCCCCGCCGCUGAGCCCCACCUCGACAUGGACGGCUGGGUCCCCCUCUCGAGUGACUACAGCCCGCCCUCCGACCCGCAGUCCUUCGCGCCGCCCACGCCCGAGCCGUCCCCCAGCCUCGCCUUCCCGGGAGUCGCUCGAGGGGGCGCCAAGGACUUCGUCUACUCGUCCAGCCAGAGUUCCAGCUCGGAGGAGAAGAGCAGUUCCCAGCAGAGCCAGCAGUUCAGUUCCUCCUGGAGCGGGGUGGGUCCUCAGCAGGGCUUCACGCAGCAGCAGAACCAGCAGCUUCCGGACUGGGUCGCGCAGCAGUACGGCGGAUAAGGCAGAGAUCCUCACAAUGCUCAUGUUGUAAAGAUGUGUAGUAAUUAGCGAAAAAACCCAAGCUACGACAGGUAGUAUUCGUUUCCAUGGUUCGUUUUGCAGCUUUCUUACACUCCUCAUUGCAGGAAAAGACAAAGAUCCAAACAAAACAAACAAACUCCACAAGGGACGCUCAUCAAAUGUUUUGCAGUUUCAAAAAAUUCUUUGCAUAGUAUCAAUUCGAUGUUCGUAUCGUAAAGUUAGCUCUUAAAAUGCAGUAUCGUCGUUUAUAUAGAUUUAAAAAAUAAUAUAUACGAAGACCCCAAUACACGCUUGCUCCAAAAAGACAUUUCACACACUGCUCAAAACUCAAUGCUUUUUUUUCGCUUCAGAGACUGCAAAUCUUAACCCUGACCACAAACAUACACUUUAUAUCACACAUUUAUCCGUGUUUUUUCAAUAGCUUGUAUCCAAAUUGCCGUUUUUUUUUCGUUUUUUUUUUAUCACUGUAUAGCAACUCUUAUAGAACACACUGUCGGCUUUAUGUCCUAGUCAACCUGUUUUUUUUUUUCUCUUGUAUAAAAAAAAAUAAAAUUAUCUUCUAUGUAUCGAUGAUGGAAUGUAUAAAGAAAUUGUUUAUUUAUGAUUUGUACAAACUUACCAAAUAGAUAUUUUUGUGUAAAUCAUUGGAAAGCCAGAGUAAAUAUAUAUAUUUUUGCUUUACUCUUCAGUAUUACUAGUUUGUAUGUCCAUUUUCUUUAUUAUUAUCUAUGUAUUAGGUUUAAGGAAUAUUUUUGUAAGUAAAUAU